CUCUCUAAAAGACAUCGAAUAGCUGAUGGGGUUACAGAGCUCCCUCCGUGUACUCUCACCAAUAUCCCCUUCUUUGUUCACCGCCUGUGACUCGCCGUCCUGUUCAUAUUCUCCGUCGGCGAGAAGUCUCUUGCCGUUCAGACUCAGCCACAGGUCUCAUCUAAAAGUCGUCUCCGAGCAGCACAUACCGCUCUCGAUUGAUGGUAACAGCAAAAUUGGGGAUGGAUCGGCGUCGGCGGAUCGGUUUUCGCAGAAUAAAAUGGUGGCGGACUUCAUGCGGUUCAAGCACCGCCCUGAUUCCGAUGACCGGCUUGCCGAGCUGCAGACUGCCGUUAUCAGUUACCGGAAGAAGUUUCCUUGGUCAUUUCUUCAGCCAUUUCUGCAGGUUGAUUUGGUGUCGACAAUACAUAUUGCCGAUAAAAAGUAUGUUUUGAUCUAUUUAAUUUGAUUUCAAAAUAGAAUGUUUUGUUCAGUUGCAGAACAUUGUCAAUGUAUGACAUUUAUGGAGUGAUUAUGGUGUAGAUACAUGUAUAGAGAUUUUUUUUUGAACCAAGAACAAAUAAAUCUUCAUUCCAAAAACAACAGUAAGGACAAUAGACUAACACCCAUACAGACUAAAUUUGGCAGUACAAAGAUCCUACUCCAAAAAUCAGCAAUACCAUAGAGGACUGAGUUGAUCAGCUUAGUUCUCCCUGCAUAAGAAAGAUGCUUAGUAGCCCAAGAAGUUAUUUUUAGGGUCAUUUUUUCAACCAGUUUAUCACAUUCUUUCUCACUAAUGCGAGAAUCUGAGAUAGGAGCUCCCAAAUAUCUGAAUGGGAAGGAUCCUAAGGGCAUAUAUGUCUUAUGCAGGAUACUUUCCAGUAUAGUAUCAGAGACCCCACCCACAUACACCUGGGACUUAUCAUAAUUGAGCUGCAAACCUGUGGUUUGUUUGAAAUGAUUAAGGCCAGCUAGUACAUAGUCAAUAGAAGGGAGAUCACCCCUACAAGCCACAAUAAGGUCAUCUGCAAAAACAAUAUUGAUAUGUUUCAGAUUCUUGCAUCUAGGAUGGAAACUGAAACUGCCCCUGUUAAAAAAGUAGCUGAAAGUUCUUGUUAGGUACUCCAUAAUAAGGGUGAAUAAGAGGGGGGACAUUGG